UCCAAUCAGGCACGCAGUUGGGGCGGAAAGGGCGGCUUCUGCGAUGUGGCGGCGGCUUUGUGUCUUUCUGCAGCUGGAGUUUUAGGUCUCGUCUUUGCAGUCCUGUGUCCUCUGCUGCUAUAGGUCCAGCCUCUGGGCAUUGUGAUGUGCUGGUACUGGAGAUCCAUAACUGAGAUGCCAGGACCCCCUGGAAGCCUAGAAAUGGUGGAGUCUCGCUCUCUUAUACAGUCUGGAGUGUAGUGGCACAAUCUCGGCUCAAUACAACCUACACUUCCUGAGUUCAAGUAGUUCUCCUGCCUCAGCCUCCUGAGUAGCUGGAAUUCCAGAAUUGUAUAUAAUUUUCUGAGCGGUGUGAAGAGGAGGCGAGAACGACCCCGGGACCUACCGAAGCCCACGUGCCUAUGUCCCGCCACCGUCGCCACCAUGCCCAAGAGAAAGGCUGAAGGGGAUGCUAAAGGAGAUAAAGCCAAGGUGAAGGACGAACCACAGAGAAGAUCUGCGAGGUUGUCUGCUAAACCUGCUCAUCCAAAGCCAGAGCCCAAGCCUAAAAAGGCCCCUGCAAAGAAGGGAGAGAAGGGAGUGUUGACAUUUAGGGAUGUGGCUAUAGAAUUCUCUCGGAAGGAGUGGCAAUGCCUGGACACUGCACAGCGGAAUUUAUAUAGUAAUGUGAUGUUAGAGAAUUACGGAAACCUGGUCUUCCUGGGUAUUGCUGCCUCUAAGCCAGACCUGAUCACCUGUCUGGAGCAAGGAAAAGAACCUUGGAAUGUGAAGAGACAUGAGUUUGAAGCCAAACUCCCAGUUGCAUCUUCUUAUUUUGCCCAAGAUCUUUGGCCAAAGCAGGGCAUACAAAAUCAUUUCCAAAAAGUGAUACUGAGAAGAUAUAAAAAAUAUGGACAUGAAAAUUUCCAGUUAAGAAAAUGUCGAAGUGCGGAUGAGUGUAAGUUGCACAAAGAAUGUUACAAUGGACUUACCCAGGUUUUGACAACUGCCCAAAGCCAAUUAUUUCAGUGCAACAAAUUAGUGAAAGUAUUUCAUAAAAAUUCAAAUUUAAACAGACGUAAGAUAAGACAAAGUGGAACGGAACCUUUGAAAUGUAAGGAAUGUAAAACAUCAUUUAGCACACUUUCGGACUUAGCUGAACAUAAAAGAAUUUAUACCAGAGAACAACCCUACACAUUUAAAGAAUGUGGCAAAGCCUAUAAUGAGGCCUCAAUCCUUUCUACAUAUAAAAAAAUUUAUACUGGAAAGAAACCCGACAAAUAUGGAAAAUGUGGACAAACCUUUAACCAGUUCUUACGCUGUACUACACAUAAGAGAAUUCGUACUGGAGAGAGACCCUACAAAUGUGAGGAAUGUGGCAAAGCUUUUAACCACUUCUCAACCCUUAGUAGGCAUAAGAUCAUACAUACUGGAGAGAAACCCUACAAAUGUGAGGAAUGUGGCAAAGCUUUUAACCAAUCCUCAACCCUUACUGGACAUAAGAUUAUUCAUACUGGAGAGAAACCCUACAAAUGUGAGGAAUGUGGCAAGGCUUUUAACCACUCUUCAAUUCUUGCUAGACAUAAGAGAAUUCAUACUGGAGAGAAACCCUACAAAUGUGAGGAGUGUGGCAAAGCUUUUAACCACUCUUCAAUCCUUGCUAGACAUAAGAUAAUUCAUACUGAAGAUAAACCCUACAAAUGUGAGGAGUGUGGCAAAGCUUUUAUCCGGUACUCACAGCUUACUAGACAUAAGAUAAUUUGUCCUUGAAAGAAAGGCUAUAAAUGUAAAGAAUGUGGCAAAUCUUUUUGGUGGCACUCCGGCUUUAAUAGACAUAAGAAGAUUGAUAACAGAGAAAUUCUACAAAUGUGAAGAAUGUGGUCAAUCUUUUAGGUGAUCCUCAACCCUUAUUACUCAUAAGAGAAUCCAUUCUAGAGACAUACCCUACAAAUGUGAGGAAUGUGGCAAAGCUUUUAACCACUCAUCAAGCCUUACUUAUCAUAAGAGAAAUCAUACAGGAGAGAAACUCUACAAAUAUAAAGAAUGUGGAGAAACCCGAUUCUCACACCUCACUACAUAUAAGGGAAUUCAUACUGGAGAGUAACCCCACAAAUGUGAGGAGUGUGGCAAAGCUUUUAGCUGGUACUCGAGCCAUUCUAGACAUAAGAUAAUUUGUUCUGGAGAGAAACACUACAAAUGUGAAGAAUGUGGUAAAUCUUUUUGGUGCUCCACAGACCUUACUAGGCAUAAGAAAAUGCAUACUGGAGAGAAACCCUAUCAAUGUGAGGAAUGUGGCAAAGCUUUUAACCACUCCUCAAUCCUCACUAGACAUAAGAGAAUUCAUACUGGAGAGAAACCCUACCAACGUAAAGAAUGUGGAAAAUCCUUUAACCAGUUUUCCCACCUUGCUAAACAUAAGAUAAUUCAUAGUAGAUAGAAACCCUACAAAUGUGAGGAAUGUGGCAAAGCUUUUAACCACUCCUGAACUCUUACCAUAAGAGAAUUCAUACUGGAGAGAAACCCUAGAAAUGUGAGGAAUGUGGAUAAGCUUUUGAUGAAUCUCAAAAGCUUACUACACAUAAGACAAUUUGGACUGGAGAGAAACUCUACAGAUGUGAAGAAUAUGGCAUAGGCUUUAGCCAGUCAUGAAAUCUUACUAGACCUAAGAUAAUUCAUAAUGAAGAGAAACCCUAAAAGUGUGAAGCAUGUGGCAAAGCCUUUAACUAGUCCUCAUUUCUUAACAGACAUUAUAUGAUUCAUACUGGAGAGAAACUCUAGAAACCCAAAAGUUGUGACAAUGCUUGUGACCACACUUCAAACAUUUCCAAACAUCAAAGAAAUUGUGCUGGUGAGAAGUCAUAGAAAUGUAAAUAAUGUGAGAAAGCCUUUAAAGGAUUAUCACAAGUGAUUGUAGCUAAGGUACUUCAUACUAGAGAAAACUUCUACAAGUAUAAACAAUGUCAGAAAACUUAUAAAUAAUGCUCAGACCUUAUUGCACAGGAAAACAUUUGAGAACAAAUGUACAAAUUUAAUGAAAGUAAUAAAGUGGUAAAUAUAUGCCCAUGAUCUUACUGUACAUGAAAGAGCUUAAACUUAAUAAAAGCAUUAAAAAUGCUAUUCUCUCAAAAGAUUCUUCAGAAAAUAUAAACCUUUAAAGUGCUAAAGAGCAUUUAUUUCAAAGGCAAACAGUACCAAUAUAAAGAGAGUUGUGGAAACUUUACUUGUAACAGACCUUGUUGUGCUUAUUUUGUGUGAGAGGCAAACCCUGAAGCAAUUGCUCAGACUUUGUUCAGCAUCAGAGAAUUCUGCAAAUGUAAUACAUAUGGGAAAGGAAGACAUUAAUAGCUGCAGAAACUCCAGAGUGUUCAUACUAAAAUAUAUAUAUAUAUAUUUUUUUUGCAGACAGAGUAAAUAGGAAAAGAAUAUUUAAUGUAAGAUGAAGUCUAUUGAAAUAAUCAGAAUUAGAAAUGUAUAAGGCACUGACACUUCAGACUUUCCACUAAGGCAGUGUUCUGUGUCUAUAAUAUAAUCUGAAAUUAAGGUUGGUAGGAAAAUUAUUUGUAUGGAACUUUAAAUUUUUUGGAGAUUUAUAAUUACAAGUAUACUAGAACCUAUUUUUUGCAUUACAACCAAUUUACUUCUACAGUUUUAGUUAUUUUAAAAUGUACAAUUAAAAUGUUACUGACUACAGAAUCAUUUUUGUAAAAGUAAAAAUUAUAUACAGUUAUAAUUAAAAUUUACAGAUGUCUUGAGUCCUGAAUAAAUAGCUUUCAAAUUUUA